AGAGAGAGUCAGAUUAGUGAAGUGAAGCUGAAAAAAGAAGCAGAAUUUCUCUCCCGGUCUCUCUCUGGAUUUAUCUGAGAUCUAUUUCCACUUUUUUUCUGCCUGUUGGAUGUAAAAUCGAUCACUCAACUAUUCGACUAAUCGACCAGCAGCUUCAUCAGACCGACAGGAGUGGAUUUAUUGGGUUUAAAUGAACCUUUUGGCGGGUAAAAUGCAGAGAAGUUGUCGGUGAGCGUGAACGGAGCCGAUGAGGAUCGCAGCGAGCAGAAACUGAUCGAUCGAUUAAAGACGAUGAUCGGUGUCCGCAGCUGAGAGGGAAACAGCGGAGAUGUACGAGGAGAGGAGCAAAAGUGCAGGUCGAAAUGGCUACACCAACGCUGUGGAUGGGGAGGAGGGAGGAGGUGAGGGUGAGGAAGAGGAGGAGGGAGGAGAGGGGGAUGGCAGAGAAGGAGGAGAAGGAGGAGGAGGAAACGACAGGGACGGAGAGUGGGAUGAGGAGCUGGACGGAGAGGACGAGGGAGCAGUGAAGAUGACGAGGACCGACACACUUCACUCCACCACGAGCUCGACAGGAACAACGAGGAAGAAAGGACUACACGCUAAGAAACAGGUGCAGGGCAGUAAUCAGGUCCAGAGGGCUCCCAGAGCGUUAUACUGUCUGAAACUCAACAAUCCGAUCAGACGAGCCGCUCUCUCUAUCGUCGAGUGGAAACCCUUCGAUAUCUUCAUCCUGUUAGCCAUCUUUGCCAACUGCGUCGCUCUGGGAGUUUCUAAACCGUUUCCUGAAGACGACUCCAACUCCACCAACCACGACCUGGAACAAGUGGAGUACGUCUUCCUCAUCAUCUUCACCAUCGAGACCUUCCUGAAGAUCCUGGCCUACGGUCUGGUGAUGCACCCCAGCUCCUACAUCAGGAACGGCUGGAACUUGCUCGACUUUGUCAUCGUCAUAGUCGGGUUGUUCAGUGUUGUCUUGGAGACGAUGACUCAUAAAGCUGGUGAGCAGGCGACCACUCAUCACGUCCCGGGGAAACCUGGAGGUCUGGACGUCAAAGCUCUGAGAGCCUUCAGAGUCCUGAGGCCCCUCAGACUGGUUUCUGGAGUCCCCAGUUUACAGAUCGUGUUGAACUCCAUCAUGAAGGCGAUGGUUCCUCUGCUCCACAUCGCUCUGCUCGUCCUCUUCGUCAUCAUCAUCUACGCCAUCAUCGGGCUCGAGCUCUUUAUCGGACGCAUGCACCGUACCUGCUACUACAAAGGAUCAGAUAAUUACGUGGAGGACGACCCCGUGCCGUGUGCAUUCGCUGGUCAUGGUCGUCAGUGUCUCAUUAAUGGCACAGAGUGUCGGGGGAGGUGGGACGGUCCAAACGGAGGAAUCACCAACUUCGACAACUUCUUCUUUGCCAUGCUGACUGUGUUCCAGUGCAUCACUAUGGAGGGCUGGACCGACGUCCUCUACUGGAUGAACGACGCCAUCGGGUUCGAGCUGCCCUGGGUUUAUUUUGUCAGCUUGGUGAUCUUUGGAUCGUUCUUCGUUCUCAACCUGGUUCUGGGAGUCCUCAGCGGAGAGUUCAGUAAGGAGAGGGAGAAGGCAAAAGCUCGCGGAGACUUCCAGAAGCUGCGGGAGAAGCAGCAGAUGGAGGAGGAUCUGUGCGGGUACAUGGACUGGAUCACUCAGGCUGAGGACAUGGACGAGCUGGACGAGGACGGAAACCCACGUCCGUCUCUGGGCGAUCUGUCCGAUAAGAAGAGAGGGAAGUUCGGAUGGUUCAGUCACUCCAAUGAAACCCACGCGAGUCUUCCUGCCAGUGAAACGGCUUCUGAAAACACAGUGAACAUCGACGAGGAGCACACCAACUGCUGCCAGGCCUGCUGCUCUCAGAUGAUGAAGAUCGGCUGCUGUCGCACUCUCUCUCGAUGGAACAGAGUCUGUCGCAGGAACUGUCGCACCGCCGUCAAAUCCGUGACCUUCUAUUGGCUGGUUCUGCUGCUCGUCUUCCUCAACACCUCCCUCAGCGCCUCGGAACACUACAACCAACCGGACUGGCUCACACAAGUCCAAGACAUCGCCAACAAGGUGCUGCUGUCUCUGUUCACGGUGGAGAUGUUGUUGAAGAUGUACAGUCUCGGUCUGGCUCAUUACUUCGUGGCGUUCUUCAACCGCUUCGACUGCUUCGUGGUGUGCGGCGGCAUCGUGGAGACCAUCCUGGUGGAGCUGGAGAUCAUGCCUCCUCUGGGGAUCUCCGUGCUGCGCUGCGUCCGCCUGCUCAGGAUCUUCAAGGUGACCCGCCAUUGGACGGCUCUGUCCAACCUGGUGGCGUCGCUGCUGAACUCCAUGAAGUCAAUCGCCUCCCUGCUGCUGUUGCUCUUCCUCUUCCUCAUCAUCUUCGCUCUGCUCGGCAUGCAGCUGUUCGGAGGGAAGUUCAACUUCGACGAGACGCAGACCAAACGCAGCACCUUCGACGCCUUCCCGCAGGCGCUGCUCACCUGCUUCCAGAUCCUGACCGGAGAGGACUGGAACAUGGUGAUGUAUGACGGCAUCAUGGCGUACGGAGGCCCCGUGUUCCCUGGGAUGAUCGUCUGCGUGUACUUCGUCAUCCUCUUCAUCUGCGGUAACUACAUCCUGCUGAACGUCUUCUUGGCCAUCGCUGUGGACAACCUGGCAGGAGGAGACGGAGACGACAAGAAGAAGGAGACUAAGCCGGAGGGAGGCGAGGAGGAGGAGGCCGCGCCAGAAGGAGAAGCAGAAGUAGAAGAAGUGAAGGUGGAGGUGGAUGAAGACACCGAGUACGAGGAGGAGGAGGAGCUCCCUGAAGGAGAAGAAGUAGAUGGAGGAGUCCAGUUAAAGAUGGCCGACCUGGCUCCUCCUAAAGAGAAAGUUCUUCCCAUCCCAGAAGGCAGUGCGUUCUUCUGCCUCAGCAACACCAACCCGAUCCGUGUGUUCUGUCACUAUCUGAUCCACCACCACAUCUUCACCAACCUCAUCCUCGUCUUCAUCAUCCUCAGCAGCUGCUCAUUGGCUGCCGAGGAUCCAAUCAGAGCACACUCCUUCAGGAACAACAUUCUGGGUUACGCAGACUACGCCUUCACUUCCAUCUUCACGGUGGAGAUUCUGUUAAAGAUGACGGUCCACGGGGCGUUCCUCCAUCAGGGCUCGUUCUGCAGAAACUGGUUUAACUUGUUGGAUCUUUUGGUCGUCAGCGUCUCUCUGGUCUCCUUCUUCCUUCAUUCGAGUGCGAUCUCGGUGGUGAAGAUUCUCCGAGUCCUCCGAGUGCUUCGACCUCUGAGAGCCAUCAACAGAGCCAAAGGACUCAAGCAUGUGGUCCAGUGUGUGUUUGUGGCCAUCAGGACGAUCGGGAACAUCAUGAUCGUCACCACUCUGCUGCAGUUCAUGUUCGCCUGCAUCGGCGUGCAGCUGUUCAAGGGUAAAUUCUAUCGCUGCACAGACGAAGCCAAACACACUCCUGAACAGUGCAAGGGGACGUUUGUCGUGUAUAAAGACGGCGAUGUGAACCACCCGAUGGUCCGAGAGAGAAUCUGGCAGAACAGCGACUUUAACUUCGAUAACGUGCUGAUGGGGAUGAUGGCGCUCUUCACCGUCUCCACCUUCGAGGGCUGGCCGGCGCUGCUGUACAAAGCCAUCGACGCCAACGGGGAGAACUCGGGUCCGAUCUAUAACUACCGCGUGGAGAUCUCGAUCUUCUUCAUCGUCUACAUCAUCAUCAUCGCCUUCUUCAUGAUGAACAUCUUUGUGGGUUUCGUCAUCAUCACCUUCAGAGAGCAGGGAGAGCAAGAGUACAAGAACUGUGAGCUGGACAAGAACCAGCGUCAGUGUGUGGAGUACGCUCUGAAGGCUCAGCCCCUCAAACUCUACAUCCCAAAGAACCCGGUCCAGUAUAAGUUCUGGUCCAUCAUUAACUCGACGGGCUUCGAGUACGUCAUGUUCGUCCUGAUUCUUCUCAACACGGUGACGCUGGCUGUUCAGCACUACGAACAGUCCAAGAAGUUCAGUCACAUCAUGGACAUCCUGAACAUGGUGUUCACCGGACUCUUCACCGUGGAGAUGCUGCUCAAGCUGCUCGCGCUGAGGCUCAGGCAUUACUUCAUCGACGCCUGGAACUCGUUCGACGCUCUCAUCGUGGUCGGCAGCGUCGUGGACAUCGUGGUCACGGAGUUCAGCAGCGGGGAGGACAGCUCCCGGGUGUCCAUCACGUUCUUCCGUCUCUUUCGAGUGAUGCGAUUGGUCAAGCUGCUGAGUAAAGGGGAGGGCAUCCGGACGCUGCUGUGGACUUUCAUCAAAUCACUGCAGAUCAUUAACUUGUUCGUCGCCGUCAUCAUGGACAACUUUGACUACCUGACGCGUGAUUGGUCGAUCCUGGGACCGCAUCAUCUGGACGAGUUUAAGAGGAUCUGGUCUGAAUACGAUCCAGAGGCCAAGGGUCGUAUCAAACACCUGGACGUGGUGGCCCUGCUCAGGAGGAUUCAGCCUCCUCUGGGUUUUGGGAAACUGUGUCCUCACAGAGUGGCCUGUAAGCGUCUCGUGGCGAUGAACAUGCCUCUGAACGCCGACGGGAUGGUGACCUUUAACGCCACGCUUUUCGCUCUGGUUCGCACCGCCCUCAAGAUCAAGACUGAAGGUAACCCUGACCAGGAGAACGAGGAGCUGAGGGGGAUCAUCAAGAAGAUCUGGAAGAGGAUGAAACCAAAACUACUGGACGAAGUGAUACCCCCUCAUGAAGAGGAGGAGGUGACGGUCGGGAAGUUUUACGCCACUUUCCUGAUUCAGGAUUAUUUCAGAAAAUUCCGGAAGAGGAAAGAGAAGGGAGACCUGACGGGAGAGGACAGCGUCACCAACCCGUCUGCUAUCCAGCUCUGUAAAGCCGGGCUGCAGACUCUGCAGGAUCUGGGUCCUGAGAUGCGUCUGGCUCUGAACGAGGACCUGGAUGAGGACGAGGAGGACCCCAUGAUGGACGACGAGGAGCUGGACGAAAACGCUCCUUACAAGGGUGAAAACGGUUUUGGACAAGAGAAAGAUCGACGCAGCUCCUUACUGACUCCCACAGGUCCUGGGGGAGUGGUCGGCGAAGGGGGCGUGUCAAACGGCGGUCUGAUCCACCGCGUCGGAUCGCUGACAAAGAUGCCAAACGGCAGCGAACACGACGAGCAUCAUCGCCGUGGAGACAACAUGAGGUCAUCCCUCAAUCACCACCAUCAGCGACGCCCGUCUGCGAAGAACGGCGGGCUGGAGCACGGCCACAAGAGACCGUCGUACUACAAACAUGGAAGAAGGGACUCGAGGGACAGAUACUGGAGGAACGGAGACAUGGAGGCGUAUGGAGAACCCGGAUACUACAGCCGAGAGGAGGAGGAGGAAGACAGCAUCACUGCCAGAGACAGACACUACCACGAUGAGCCUCCUUUGUACAGAGACCACUACGAUGGCCACGCCCCCUACAGCAACAGUAACUAUGGUAACGGCUACAAUGACAGCAGAAGGACGACCCGCAGACGCCUACUUCCUGCUACGCCCACAGGUCGGAAACCGUCGUUUAACAUCCAGUGUCUGAGGAGGCAGGGCAGCAGUGACGACCUGCCGAUCCCCGGGACGUAUCACCCCACCUCCCCGCCACGCCACGCACGCAUGCAGCAAUCUUUCAACAGUUACGAGUCUCGUCACUCUUCUGGGCGUUCCCCCGCGGCCUCCUCUGCAUCCUGGGCGAACCCGUGUCCUCGCCGCGGCCGCCUCCUCUACGCUCCUCUCAUCCUGGUGGAGGAGGAAGGAAGCCCCCCCUGGGGAGGAGGAGGAGGAGGCGGAGUUGGAGGAGGAGGAGGAGGAGGAGGAGAAAUGAAGAAGGGAGUAGGAAGAGGUGUCAGUGUGACAGGUGCAGUACCCAGACCGGCCUGGUACGGUGGCCCUGCAGGGACAUCAGCUCCGCCCCCGUACAGAGCGUACACCACCCUCAGAGUCCCGUCGCAGCUCGGCGCUCAGCUCACGGAGAAACGAGGAUCAGCUGACAGUUUGGUGGAGGCGGUUCUGAUCUCAGAGGGUCUCGGUCUCUACGCUCGGGAUCCGAAGUUUGUGGCAUUUGCGAAGCGAGAGAUCGCAGACGCGUGUCACAUGACGGUGGAUGAGAUGGAGUCCGCCGCCAGCGACCUGCUCGGCACCGGGAGCCACGGUUUACUUAGCAGCGCUGCGCCCGACCCCGCCGCUCUUUACAGCGACGAGGAGCCAAUCAGGACGGGCCGUGACGAGGACGAGCUGGCCGACGAGAUGACCUGUGUGACUUCAUUCUGAUCGGCUGGCACAGUGGACCAAUCAGGGACAAGACUAGGAGGGCAUCACUGACUGGCUGGACAUUUAACCAAUCACAUGACGAGGAUUGGAGGCGUGUUGUCUGAGGAUUUCUGACCAAUCAGAAAAGAGAUUAUGAAAGUAAACUGUUAUUAUGGAGGUCAGUAGAGUUGGUGUUUUGGGACAGAUUUCAGUUAAGAAAUGACGAAAAGGAGCGAGAAAAUUAGUUAAGAAACUUUUAAGAAAGGAGGUGAAGAAGAAAGGAUGCCGGGCUGAAAAAAGGAGAAGAAGAAGAAGAAUGUGAUGGAUGAAGACAAAGACAAAAAACAUGAGAGACGAUUUAAAGGAAACAGAAGAACAGACAUCGUCAGAGUCAACUGACAAACAAUUAAAGAUGGCCGCAAGCAGAGUGGGACUCUGCGCUGUUGUGUCGUCAUGGCGACGGGCUUCAUCAGCUAGUUGCUUAGCGGCACAGGAUCCCAGUUUACCCACAAUGCAUUGAUGACACUUUGACAGGUUAUCACAGUAGGCUACUGUUAAAGAAGAAGGAAGGUUAGCAUUGGGCUGUAGCUUAAAAUGCUAAAAGCAUACCUUCAGAAAGCUAGCUAAACCCUCACACAGUGCUGUUAGCUUGUGUUUAGCAUUUACGCUCUGUUAAUUUGAUAAAAGAUGACAGCAUUAGCAUAGGCUUACUUGUUGCAGAAAGUUAGCCUAGCUACAUUAAAAAGCUAAAUCAAAUAAAAAACACCUCUAACUGAAUUGAAUGCUAAUUCAAUUCAACAGUAACAACCAGCAGAUAAGGAGCUAACUAGCAGUGCUAGCUAACCAGAGGACGCAAUAAUGAUGUCAGAGGCAGUUAGCCUAACACUUAGCACCAACAAAAAAACAAAAAUUAGCCUUUUUGUUGUGAUUGGUUAGCUUUAAACGCUAAAUCGUUCUCCGCCUAAAAGCAGAAUGUUUACAGUAAGCUAGCUAAGCAAGCUAACAGCCACUCACACAGCUGUGUUAGCCCGUCUUUAGCUAGUAGCCUACUCAAUACAAAAUGUCACAAUAUGAAUUAAGUUAGCAUCAUCUUUGUUUUAGCAGCGGCCCCUGCUGGACGCUAAUUUAAAAAAAAAAAAAGACAUUUUCAAACAACUGUCUGAGGCUAAUGAAGACAGCCGCGCUAACACAUGCUAGUCGGCUACAUUGAUAGCAUGUUAGCUUCUGUUUGUCUGGUCAAAAUGUUAAUGUUUUAAGAAUAUAAAACAAUAAUCACUCACUAAAGGAACAAACGGAGAGACAGUUUGUUAGGAUGAACAAGUUUGCAGCUCAAAAUGCUAACAUGCUAACAUGCUAACAAGCACAACAUAUCUUUCUAAUGCUAACUACGUGAAGAUAAAAAGACGAGGCGUCAGUGAACAUCACGUUCUUCAGAGGUGCACACACGAGUUGAUGUUUAAGAAGACGUUUCUGAGAUUUUAUACCGAUGUAUUUGAAAGCUGUUAAACGACGUGUUGAACUUCCUGCUCUGUGGUUUCUUGGAGCAGCAUGCAGGAUUAUAUUUCUCAUCUUUUAUUAACGUGUAUUUUUAUUCUCAUAACUUGAGAUGUUUGUCUCGAAUCAGACAACGAACUGAAAAUACUCGUUUGUGUCUUUGUUGGUUUUUUUAUUGGACCGAAGAAACUUGAGUGUUUGUUCAGUGUGUUUUCUAAAUGUUUGAUAUUUUUUAUUCUGACAGAGAAAAACUGUGAUCAAUUCUCAGCAGCUGGUGUGUUUAUGUCCUGUCUGAAUUUAUGUGUUUCCGUCUCCUUUAGUUUUUUUCUUACUGACACUUUGGACAGUUUCCCAGCAGUUAAGGGCUUUUCAAUUCCACGCCUGGAUUCUCCAAAAAAGAUGAUGAAACUGCCGUGACACCUAGUUUACCUCAAAUAAAGACUGAAACAAG